AUGGCUCAUAUCAAAGAAUUCACCCAUAGAGAAUAUAGGCAGUCUUCAAACACGGAAGAGGUAAUAUUUUGUGAGAUAAACCUUUUGGAACCAGAAGCUCCAAACCCACUACUGUUAAUCUGCAGGACUCCUAAACGUUUGCCAUUUGACAGCUCCAAGCGGCACCCAAAUAGACAAUGCACCCCUCAACAGUUCAUUAGUAGCGCAGCAAAUGACCCUAAAGGCACCAUUAGACCAGCCACUGAGACGGACACCGAGAUAUCCAGGAUCAUAUAUCAAUGGAUUAUACAGAUCUCUGGAGAGUGGAUUGGAUUAGUUAUAGCGUCUUUGUGA